GGGAUUCAUAAUAAGGUAAUCUAUUCUAGGAUUAGAAUCCUUCACGCUGUUCAUAGUUAGUAUCCGAAGUACUAUGGUUUAUGGUCAUUAUAUCCAAACAUCACUUUUGCUACAGUGUGAUAUUGGUUAAGAAAUGAAUUUCGAGGAAAAAAACAAGCCUUCGCUAACUACAUAUCGGCAGACACUCCAUCCUUGUUUUCGAGUGGCUUGCUAACCCGGAUUUAACUUGCAGAUAUGUGGAGUUACAUCGGGAUAGCGUCAUUGCUGCUUAUCUGAACGUGGACUCUGGUUACAUCAUCGCUCCUCACGGCACCCCUAAAGCAUCGCCGCAAUGGCUAUUUACCCUCAUAUAAGAUAAUUAUCGUCCAGUCGCUUGAGACCUAACCAAUUCCAUACACCCAAUAUGACCGAAACUCUCCCUCUCGCCUACGCUACCUGCUCCAUCGGCCAUGGUCCCGAUGACACCCUCCCCGCGAAGCUCAAGGCUAUAAGCCAAGCAGGCUUCAAGGGGAUCGAGCUCUCAUUCCCCGACAUACUGGCCUACGGCAACGAGCUCCUCGGGCAUCAGGUCUCCCCAAACAAUUACGAGGAGCUAGUCAAAGUCUCCAAAGAAAUCCGCCAAUUAUGCCAAUCCAACAAACUCACAGUCAUGAUGCUACAGCCGUUCGCGCAUCUCGAAGGCUGGCCACGGGGCUCCCCCGAUCGUGACGACGCAUUUAAACGGGCCAAAUGUUGGAUAUCAAUCAUGGACGCAGUAGGCACGGAUCUCUUACAAGUCGGAUCAACCGAUAUCCCGCGCGAGCGGCUCUCCGCAGACGCAGAAACCAGCGUCAUCGAAGACCUACGCGAGCUGUGCGAUAUGCUAGACCAACACGGGCACAAGCGCCUCGCCUACGAGAACUGGUGCUGGUCGACUCACGCGCCGACCUGGAAAAAUGCCUGGGAAGUGGUGCGCGCCGUUGACAGGCCCAAUAUCGGGCUGUGUCUGGACACUUUCCAGACUGCGGGGUCAGAAUGGGCCGAUCCUACAACGGAGUCGGGUCUGAUUGAGGAUCUUCCGCGCGAGACGCUGGAGAAAAGUUUCCAGCAGAGCAUGCGCGAGCUGGGGAACAUGGUCCCCGCCAGCAAAAUUUACUUGCUCCAAAUCUCGGAUGCGUACAAGCCUUCGAAACCACUGGCUACAGAUGACACGACUGAAGGGCAGAGACCGCGGGCGCGGUGGAGCAGUCGUCUACGUCCGAUGCCCUACGAUGGAGGGUAUCUACCUAUUGAAUCGGUCACGAAAGCGGUGCUGGCAACCGGGUUUAGAGGCUGGUUUUCGAUGGAGAUCUUCGACAAGGGGCCUGAUGGCGUGGGUAGAAGGGAUAUUUCAGAUAUGGGGUCUUUUGCCCAGCAAGCUAUGCGAGCCAUGAAGAAAUUGUUAGAUCAAUGCUCUGAGUGAGGUUCGCUUUUAUA